CCUACACACCCACCUCCAGACACACUCGCAUUUCUCAUUUCUUACUUCUAAAUUAGAUAGCGAGACGUGGUGUCGGAGCUCACAGGUCGCAUAGAAUUAGUUUGAAGUAUCAGCGGUAGUUAAACAAUAAAUCUGAAAUUCAACAUGGAGUCCCCUCCAGAUCCAGCGAGCGACCCGGGCAACAGCGCCUCGGAGCCGGCUACCCCGGUCAGGGAAACCCCGGUAAACCUGGAGACGCUCCGGAAAGCGGACCAUCCAGCCCCGGUUCGAAGGCAGACCUGUUCCAGCACCAACAGAGGUAUCUCAGUAACAAAGAAGACACAUACUUCUCAAAUCGAAAUAAUUCCCUGCAAGAUCUGUGGAGACAAAUCAUCAGGCAUCCAUUACGGCGUGAUAACAUGUGAAGGCUGUAAGGGCUUUUUCAGGAGGAGUCAGCAGAGCAAUGCAGCUUACUCCUGUCCCCGUCAGAAGAACUGCUUGAUCGACCGCACAAGCCGCAACCGCUGCCAGCACUGCCGGCUGCAGAAGUGCCUGGCAGUGGGCAUGUCACGAGAUGCAGUGAAGUUUGGUCGGAUGUCAAAGAAGCAGCGAGACAGCCUAUACGCUGAGGUCCAGAAGCACCGGCUGCAGCAGCAGCAACGUGACCACCAACAACAGCCUGGGGAGGCGGAGCCACUCACACCUAGCUACGGCCUCUCUGCCAGUGGCCUCACGGAGCUUCACGAUGACCUCAGCGGCUACAUGGAUGGUCAUACUCCUGAUGGCAGCAAACCAGACUCGGCUGUCAGCAGCUUCUACCUGGACAUUCAGCCAUCUCCUGACCAGUCAGGCCUGGACAUCAACGGCAUCAAGCCGGAGCCCAUCUGCGACUUUGCCCCAGGCUCUGGCUUCUUCCCCUACUGCUCCUUCACCAAUGGAGAAACCUCCCCCACCGUGUCCAUGGCUGAACUAGAACACCUGGCCCAGAACAUUUCUAAGUCACACAUGGAGACAUGUCAGUAUCUGAGAGAGGAGCUGCAGCAGAUGACCUGGCAGGCUUUCCUGCAAGAGGAGGUGGAGAGCUACCAGAACAAGCCCCGGGAAGUCAUGUGGCAGCUGUGCGCUAUCAAAAUAACAGAGGCCAUUCAGUAUGUGGUGGAGUUUGCCAAGCGCAUCGACGGCUUCAUGGAGCUGUGUCAGAACGAUCAGAUAGUGCUGCUGAAAGCAGGCUCUCUGGAAGUUGUGUUUGUCAGAAUGUGCCGUGCCUUUGACACGCAAAACAACACAGUGUAUUUUGAUGGAAAAUAUGCUGGACCUGAUGUGUUCAAGUCAUUAGGCUGUGACGACUUGAUCAGCUCCGUCUUCGAGUUUGGGAAAAACUUGUGUUCUAUGCACCUGUCUGAGGAUGAGAUCGCCCUGUUCUCCGCCUUUGUGUUGAUGUCUGCUGACCGGUCCUGGCUGCAGGAGAAGGUGAAGGUGGAAAAACUCCAGCAGAAGAUCCAACUGGCCCUCCAGCACGUCCUGCAGAAGAACCACAGAGAGGACGGUAUACUUACAAAGUUGAUAUGCAAAGUGUCGACACUGCGGGCGCUGUGCAGUAGGCAUACAGAGAAGCUUACAGCUUUCAAAGCAAUAUACCCAGACAUUGUGCGUGCCCACUUCCCCCCGUUAUACAAGGAGCUGUUUGGAUCAGACUUUGAGCAGUCCAUUCCCCUUGACGGGUAGCAACCCUGCCAGGUGCCAGUGUGCCCACCGUAGGGGAAUGUGGAGGAGGAAUCUGAGACACUUUACUGGUGCCCUGCACACACCAGAGCGGACAGAUGGCACGCUGUUCAACUUCUUCUUUUACAUUGGAGGGUAGGGCUUGGGGAGUUGAUUGUCAAGGUUUACCAUAUUGAAUCUAGUUCUCUUUGUAAGAAUUGUGGGACCCGACACCCCACGGGACAUGAAGAGGAGAUAGGAACAAAUCAUUUCUGUUUGGUUGAACUUGACCCUCUUAUGCGCUUUUCUAACCCAAUUCUCUUCAUUCGUCGUUGUUUUCACUUGAUUAACUGCAUCACCCCCUAUCAUUCUCCCUUUUUUUUUUUUUUUUAAUCUGCACACCUGGCUUCUAAUCAUUAUGAACAAUUAAUGAGACACCUUUGAAGAAAAAGAAAAGAAAAGCUGAAGACCUCUUCAUUUAGAGGAUGACCACAUCAGUAUUAUUUCCCAGGUUACACUCCCGUAACAGUUCUGCUUUCUUUCCAUGGUCAAAGCUGUCACCUUUUUACGCAGAAAAAGUGACAACAACAACAAACAAAAAAAAGAUAAACGCGCACACUUUGGUCAAGUUCAGCCUCUUUUCUCUUGUGCUCAAGCCGUGUCGUUUGGGAUGACGCAGUGCUUGGGAUGAAAACUCACGGCGACUUCGAGGGAGGUUCCAUUGGCAUGGCGUUGCAAUCGGCACUUCUCUGUGGACAAUCGUUUAAAAGAGAGAGAAAAAAAAGAAACCUAGAAUUCUGGUAAUUCUAAUGAAAACGCAAUGAUUUAAGUUGUCAAAGACUCCAUCCACCAUUGUUGCAUAGUGAAACCAUGUAAGGCCAUCUGCUAUUAAUCCUUCUCUGGACAGGUGCCCUGGAGAAGCACAGGGCGCCAAUACAAUGAAAAGGGUCCAUUCCACCUGUUUUAUAAUGUACUACAGGGUAUAUGGUCAUAAGUACUUACUAUACAGAAAAAAGUAAUGUUUAUAGAAUCUAUUUUAAAUAACAUGUAUGAUAUUAGUAGUUAGACCAUUCUUAAUUGUUGAAUUGAUAAGGCACUUUUAUUUACACCGUUCUUUAAUUUAAGACUUGUAUAUUUACCUAGUGAUGUGUUGCAUGUGCACAAGAAAUACAAGUUGAAUCAUGGAUGCAGAGGUUAGUCCCGGGAGCUGCAGAUGUUACUGGUCUACUGGAAGCGUACGGGAUGUCUGUUAGGGUGGCUGGCGUGGCUGCCGGUUGGCGAACAAAAGAGGCGUGGAUGAGAAGGCAGGUUAAAGACACUCCGUCGCUUGUUUUCGCAACAACUGCCAGUGCGACGCCUGUCAAAAUGUAGCUGUGAUACUCCUCUGAGGGGAGCAUGCACAAACAUAAAAAAUAAUACAAAAAAACCUUGCGGUGAUGUUUUGUUUUUGUUGUGAACAGAUCUGGAUUUCAUGGCAUCUGUUUCAAGUUUUUGAAAAUACAAGAAAACUUAGGUGUGCUCGGGUGACAGAUUUUGGGGAUUUUUUUUUUUUUUUACUAAACAUUUGCUUCUCAUUGUACUGUGAAAAUCUGUACAUUUUUCUUUAAGGCUAUAAAUCAACCCAAAUAGCCAUGUGGUUGGACUGGGAAACUCACAUGCAGUCUCUAAUCCAAUUGUUCCAUCUAGUGGAAGAUAAAGAUACAGCAAGCGAGUUAACAGCCUAAUGGCAAGAGACCCCGGGGUCUAACCUAAAAAGCACAUUUACGAGCCUCUGUAAGAACAUUUUCAGCGUCUUUAUCUGCCUUCUCACCGCAGUCUCAGCCUGGCAACGCCACGACAGGACACAGAAGAAACAGUGAAGGGAAAGUGAAUAUUCAAAGCCUUGUCUGGUUGUAAAGCUUCUAUUUUUGUAACUUGUUUUGGUUAAUAAACUCACGAAAGAGAACGAGGGAGAGAAAAAGAUGUCAGGUAGCACUUAACUAUAUCCCUGCAAUAAUUAGACUAGCCGUUGUUCGUAUGAUUAGGGGAGAAGCAUAAAAAUGGUAGGACAAGUGCUAUUUUCAGAAUGCUUUGUUGUUGUGCUUCUGUUUUUGUUGAGUGCGUCUUUUUUGUCAGUGUGGUAGUAAAGUGGUAGAAAAAAGAAAAAAAAGAAACAACCCUGGAUGUGCCAAACAAUAGUCGUUGCUUCCGCUUUUCCAGUCUACUCGUCUGUAAUGUAGAAUGGAUUCCUAAGACAUUCCAGCAAUCUCAGUAGCGGCUUUUAGAAAAAUCGUUAAGAACAAAAAAAAAAAAAGAACAAAAAAAGAAAAGACUAGAAAAAAAUGAUAUCCCUUUAGAAACCCGACAAAGCAUGUUAACACAUCUGUCACCAGUCUGUCUGUAACAUUGAAUCCAGUUGUUUUGUCUUUUUGUUUGUUUGUUUGUUUGUUGUUGUUUUCCUUUUGUUUGCACACUAUCAUUCCUCUACCGUGCAAUUUGCGCGAGGCGUUAAUGCCUUGCGCUGUCACCCCUCAGGGAAGAGUUUCUUCUGUGCUUUUCUGUUUGAAUUCAUUAGAUUUAUAGUUUAGUAGAUAUUUUUUCUUUCUAUCGUUCUCUCUUUUUUUUUUCAGGGACGUUCCAUGAGAAGUGGUUGAAAAUUCCGAUUUGAAAAUUCAUCACAGAGUUGUUCAGAAUUUCACAUUAUUGGUGUCCUUAAAGGGCCUCCAGCCAAGUCGAUUAAUGAAAGCAAAUCUUCUUUGUAAAAGAAAAACCCAUCAAACCCCAUCGCAUUUACAAAGUGUAGUUUUUCAGUACACGGCAUAUUUCUUUCACGCACACAAAAUAAUUUUUAAAAAAAAUCUGUUUUGGUUUAAAACGGUGUCAUCAGGGUCUUUAUGAAUAAUAACCCUCUUUGUUAGGAAACCAAAUAUUCUUAUGCAAUACUAAAUCUGUUGUGUUUUGGGUUGUUAGUAAAUAUGCUGUACCUAAGUAAUAAUAUCUGUUAACGAUCCAAUGCUAUUUUGGAUAUGCACAAGCCCUGUACGACUAGAAAACCUCAGUCUCAAAGCAAAAGAAACCCAGUCUGGAACACUGCUAGACAAUCCGGUGUUGAGAGGCCCGGCGGCCCGCCAAGAGCAGAAAAAAGGAUUAGGUGCGAACGCUCAGGGAGGUAACAGGUAGACCGAAGAAACGGCUCGCUUUCCUCUGGAGUCGCGGAGCAUUUCAUUAACUUUUUUUUGGGUUUUUUUGGUGAAUUUAUGAGAUUUUUUUGAAAAUCUUUAAAAAGCACUCAAAUGAUGAGAGGAGCUUGGCUGAACUUUUUCUAUUUUAUUUUUAAUUAUUGUUUUUUUUUUUUUUGGCGUAGCACACUGAACAUUUUGUUAGAAAAUAAUGAGAAAAUUGAGAUUUGGCUGAUUCUUUGUCAAUUCUUUUCAUUUUGUUUGUUUGUUUCUUGAAGAUUAUUAUUUCUUCUUCAAACGUUAUGUGAUCACGUAAACAAUAUUCUGUCAAACAUGGUCAGCCUAAGGUCUACCACUAAAAAGGGGUUCUUAUCUCAUAAAAUGUGUUUUGUUUUUCAUUUUAGUCGAGUAGCUGGUAAUGUGCUCUACAAUGUAUAACAAGCAAUAUGCCUUGUGUUAUAAUUACGGGUCUCUACAGUGCAGCCAUCAUCUUUUUUCAAUUGACUUUAUUCAUACAGUUGAUUUUUGUUUACUCUUUUUCUGAACAAAAAGAAGUAAUAAAGCCCAAUCACUCUAUUUUUUAAUCUUCUUAAGGUUCCGAUAGAGGGAAGAUUGCAGGAAACGGUCACCAAACACACAGAUGCUUGUGUAUAACUAUAAACUACGCCUUUACACGGGCCUGAAAAGUGAUGUCUUUCUGUAUAUUCUCAUUCGAGAUAUCCCACUUUAAGCGAGGGAUCGAUGCUACUUGUGCUAUUCAAUCAGUGUAUAGUAUACAGUAAAAUGUGCUGGUCCUUUUGUCUCUGCUCUGUUGUCUGUAAAAAGCAAUAGUGUGUGCGUGUGUGUGUGUCUGUCUGUUCUCACAGUAUGUGAAUAUUUAAAAAAAAAACCCAGACAAGGCUUUAAUAAUUACAGAGGAACAGGGUCAUGUGGAUGAAGAGGUUUUGAUCUUUUUUUCUUUCUUUUUUUUACAUUUUCUAACAAAAAAGAAGCAAAGGUUUUGAGGAAUGCUGAGCUCGAUCCAUCCAUAAUAGUUGUAGAUUUUAAAAAGCAUGACAUAACGCCUUCGACAAUUCACGGGUCUCAAAAGAAAAAAUUCUUCGCUAUCAGUUUGUUGGUCCAAGCCUAAAUUGAAAUGAACCGAGCCAAAAUGUGCACUGUAGAUUGCGUCUUCGACCGUAAAUUGUGAAGACCGGCGUUAUGUCACGCUUGAGGUUGCCGGUGUGUCGCCCAGAAUUGUGAGUCAGUCGUCGCAUUUUAACAAAACCCAUUUUCCAAAGCACAGGUGAUAAGACUUUAUGAUUAAAGUUACGUUUAAGAAUAUAGUUUAAAAAUAACGAGACAAAACAAUGAAAAGCAACUUUUAGCCAUAAUCGAAUGUCAAGCAAUAAUAUAUGUCUGUGUAUUAUUUUUCAUUCUUUUGUGCAUAAUAAGUCUUUGAACAUCUGCAUGUAAAUACACCUCUUAUUUAUCGCCAUUGGGUUCGGUUUUAUUUUUGUGUUGAUUUUGUGGAUGUUUUCUCUUUUUUUUUAUGUUUCAUCUGUACAUUUGACCAGUUCUGUUCCCAGGUGGAGAACUAAGAACUUGACACGGCCUGUGUGCUGUAUAUCUUAUUUUCUCACUCUCUCUCCCUCAUUCUCUGCUGUUUAUUCACCAUAUUUAAUAUUAUUAUUGAUCACAUGUAUAAAGGUAGCUUUGUAACUUCUGUCUGUAUAGGGUAAGAGGAAAAUACUGCUACUAAGGCCUACCCAGUGAAAAAAAAAAAUUUAUCUGUUUAUCAAUGACAUCAUAUUGUACGAUAACUCUGUUUCUACUUUGCUUCCCUCCUUUAGGAUUAGUUUGAUAGCGAUAGGGCGUGCUGACAUUUAUUUUGUGUUGCCCUGAUGUGUGGUGCUAGGUAAGUUAAUUUUGUGAACCAAGUAUUGAUUCCUAAGCCAGGCCGCCCUAUUAGUUCAUUGAUUUCAUCGCAUAUUAAUGUAUUAUUGAUAUUAGGACUCAACGAAUAAUGAUAAUAAUGAUAAUGAUAAUAAUGAAAAUGAAAAUGAUAGUGGUAAAAUUACCCAGCCAGUACCUGUAUCAGUGUGCUAGACUUGGGAUAAGGCACUUAUUUCCUUCUGACUUAUAUCAAAGCUAGUAUCUGCGAAUUAACAAGCUUAUUAAGGUCGCUUUUCUGGUUUGUGGAAGAAUUAUAAUAUUCAAACUGAAACAGCAGUAUUGGAUUUUUUUUGUCCUUUUUCCUUUGUGUGAUUGUAAAGAAAAAAACACUCACUGAGGCUAGUUAGUUUGUCAGGUUUUAAGAUACUAUUUACCUCCCCGUGUCUGCAUUGUUCUUCACCUGAUGCAGGGAAGUGGUGCUUGGAUUUCAUUUUACAGAGCCUCGGUGUAUGCUUUUGUUAUUCCCCAUUUUAAGACUAUCCUGAUCCUGAAGCAGCGGUUUCUCCAGAACCAGUGGCACAAGCCUUUUGCACCACACUGAAGUGUUAAAAUGUACACGAGAGGAUUGCCAUUUGAAGACAAAGUUGACCUUUUUCUUUUCUCUCGACUCUGUAGCAAAUAUCAGUAAGAAUAUGCUUGCAAUAAUACACAACGUAUCACACUGAGUGCCUCUCGGUGUAACAAAAUGCAUACAUGGUUUUGAUUGUCCUUUUUUGUUGUUGUUUUUGUGGUUUUUCCAGAUGUGUACUGAAGUGACAAUGUAUUUUGUACAUGAGGGGGAAUUGUCGCUCGCUCAUGCUUAAAAUGUUUGUUUUUUUUGUUUGUUUUUCUCAAACUCUCUCUCUUCAUGUGUUGUUCAUUCUUUUUCGCGUGGGUUGUUGUUGAAGGGUUCCGAUGUGUAGAUGGUCUGUUUAGAGUGUACACGUCACCCCUCACGUCAUUUCGGAAACAUAACUGGGAACGUCGCUUCUCGUUGGUCGACAAAUGCUCGCGGACGAUAUUACAGAAGUGUUCUCCUGCACAUUGUUUUGAUUUUUCUGGUUGAGCAAAAAAAAAGAAAAAAAAAGAACUAAACAAACAAAAAAUACCUAACAGAAAGUCCACAUUUCUUCAUUUUCUGUUAGUGUUAAAUCUACUUUUUCUUUUUUAUUUCACUGAGGAUGGAAGAUUUACUAAUGCAUUGUAUAUUAAGUAUUUGUAUGUGUUUGUAAAACAGACAUACGAUGCAUCUGGAUUUCUUUAAUGUUCUGUGUUCAAUGUGCCCUCGGUCUGUUGGGGUAAUUUAACAUAAAAAAUGGGGUGGGUGCGUGGGGGAGGGUGGAGCAAGGGUGGCUUCUUUUUUUUUCCAUGCAAAAGCAGUACGAAUUACGGAAAAAGCCGAAACUAGUGUGUGGUUGUCACAAAUUUCUAAGUCACAUGUUUGCUACUGAUGUAAAAUGGGGACAGAUGAUCAUGUACCUUUUUAUCCAGCUCUUUUGAACUCUCUUUAGCAGGUAGUCUAUUCACAAACGUAGUUUUGCUCCUUCUUGUCUGAUUCUUAAAUAUGAAAAUAAGUAUUUUGAUUCAUUUUGUAAAUACGGCUGUAAAGAAAAAUAAGAAAUUUAAUGUUGUCUUUUAAAUACUUUUCAUUCUAAUAUGAAUGUUGUUAUAUUGUACUUAGAAACUGUACCUUUAAUAUUACCUUUAUUAAAAGUGCAUUGGACACAUCGAUUUUAGAUGUGCUUUAUGUGCUGUUAUCCCAUAAUAAAAUUUACCGCUUGUAA